CUCCACACACGCACACACAGCGCCUCCUACAGCCGUCUCACUGACACACAUCGGGGUUGAGUCCAGGAACAACAAAAACACGUCUGAGUGCGACAAGCCGAACCGCUAGUAGCCGCAUCUAUCCGCUGUCACCUCAACAAGUCGUCGAAUCCACCGACUGCUAUAUGGUUCCCGUCGUGUUCACGGCCGAAAACCCAGAAAGAUGCCGCAGAAAGCACUGGGAUCCAUUGUAGGUCUUCUUUGUACCGGGACCUGUCUGGUGCAGGGGAAGGAGUUCUGUUUUGGGGUAAACAAUGAGCAGUACCGCUGUGAGAUGGGGUACUGCUGUGGUGAGACAGAGUGCUGCACUUACUACUACGAGCUUUGGUGGUUCUGGUUGGUUUGGACGCUGAUCAUCAUGCUAAGCUGCUGCUGCGCCUACCGACACCGGAGGGUUAAAAUGCGUCUGCAGCAGGAGCAACGUCAACGUGAGAUCAGCCUCAUGGCCUAUCAAGGAGCCUCCAGCUCCUUUAUUUCACCUCCACCUCUCAAUUUAAGAUUCUGGAAUGACUGUAAGCUUCCUGACUAUGAAGAGGUAGUAGGCCACCCCCCGACACCACCUCCUCCUUACUCUGAAAACCCUCCUGAGUCUACUCCAGCACUCCCUCCUCAAGUGAGCCAGCCAGACACUGCACCUGUGCCACAACCUCUGUCCGAGGUAGAUCCAAGGGCAGAUAGUCAAGCCUCGGGCUCAUCAUCCGACCAGGACGCGGUGUCGCUCCCGAUCCAAGUGCAAUGUGUGGCGGAGGAGAAUGUAGAGGCCGCGUUGAUGGCGGCGGCAGAUGAGGAGGACGAGGAGCUUGUCACUCGGCGUCGGCAUGUCACCGGCGACUCAGGGAUCGAGGUGUGCGUUUGCCAGCUGGACGUAGACGAAGGUUCAGGACUUGAGGAGGAAAGCGAUGAGGGGCACCGGAUGUGCAACGUCACCGGGAGGGACUGCUGCCCCGGGCACCAGCAGCAGCCCUUCAGACAGAAGGAACACAACUCUGAGCUGCCCAACCAGAUCGCCAGCACCAGCACUGGAGACCACAUGGUGUGACCGACAUCGUAACUAACCAGCCAACUAGUGGGGCUUCAUGCUUCACGCAGGGUAACAGGUGUUGCCAUUAUCAUCACCACAGGAACUGUCUGUGUUUUAGUUGUCUUAGCUAACACAUAGACAUGACGUUAGGAUGAUGAUGAUGACUGAUCUUUAAUGGCUCCUGAUUAGGGAACGUAAAUGAUAAAAUGGACAAACUCCUCUUUUUUUCUUUUUUUUUUUUUUGCUUUGCUUUUCUUAUUGGGGAACCAGCACACACACGUUGCUCCUUUUGGUUUGUCGUCAUUGGGUAGUGAGAAGACAGCAAUUGAUUGUGACUGAAAGCAGAAUUGACUGUUUCCCUUGGCCUCUCCUUCAGCACUGCGGUCAUGUUUCCGUUUCUCUCUCGCAAAUCUCCUUGGUCCGGUCAUUUCCAGCUGUCCUUCCAUCUGACAUUUUACCUCUGGUGGGAUGGUCAUUCAGGAGCAUACCAACACGGUCAACAACAUUCCCCCCCCAUCCCCACUAUGACUAAGCAGAGGAGUCAAAAACAAAUCUCUUCAAAACCUAGGUUGAUACCGGAUGAAUGGACAAGUGAUUACAGUUAGUUUGCCCCAAACCUGGGUGUGUGUAAGACUGUGCGAAUGCUGUGAAAUGUAGGCCACAGCUGCAUGGUGAUGUCAGCUCUGAGGUCACUACAGCCAGCCUCUAGUGUCCUCUGGUGCGGAGUCUGUGGGACUUGAGAGGGGGAGACUAUACACUCACACAUAACAGAGGAGCGAUGCAGGAAGGAGAGGAGUUUGCUUUCUUGUUUGGUCUGUGGGUUUUAAAUGUCACACAGCCCCCUUCCAGAGCUCUUUCUUCUGUUGGCAUCCAUAUUGUGGUCUCCUGAGCUGUGUGGCUACCAAUUAGCAUGACGUAAGGGGUGUUCACCGUUUCAGUGAUUAAUUAAUUGUGUGCAUGUGAUCUCCCCACUCCAGUUUCUGACUGCAUUGAAUUUAUAGUAAUAACCAAGUGGGCUAUGCCACCAAUUUUUUGUAAUCGAUAUAAAGCCUUGUGGUGGCUCUAUAUUAGUGUGUUUUAUUUACUGCAUUGUGUCCGAGUGAAUUUAUCGCUCAGUAUAUAGUUUGGAUGUUCAUAUUGAAGGAUGUACUUGCUUUUUUUUCGUUUCAUAACCAGCUGUGCUUCAGUAAAUGCCACAGGUGUCACCAAUAAUUGCAACAAAGCCCCUGACGGGCUGCUAGCGUGUGUACUAGUGACUGGGUGUUUUUGUGCAGUAGAGAAGGGUUGAGUUGUGUGUGUGUACAUUUUUUAAGUGCUGUAGCAUCUGGUUGAAAUCACUGAGGUUGAUUAACAGUUAAAAGCACUGGUAUUUUGCAUGAGGCAUGAUUUUCUGUGUUUGUGUUUGAGUUCAUUAGCAUUUUCUAGCGGUUGUGCUACUUGCUUGGCUAAUCAGUCACAAUAGUGGUGGGCUGCAGUGGCAUCAGAACUCUGUGCCCAGAUGUUGGGGUAAAGAAAUUAACCAAGGUAUAACUUUGGAUGUCUGGAUCUAGUUUCGUUGUGUUGUCAUGAGGGUGUGAGCCAUGCUAUGCUGUGCUGGUCUUUAGUUAGAUGGUGCUGUCUUGGCUCUUUGUGGCCCCUGUAGCUCUUGGCAGUGCGAGGGAUUUGCAGUGGUAUUUUCCAUUGGCAGCAGAGGGUCGGUGCAUUAGCAAGCUGAGAUGGAUGCAGGCUCUGCUCUGCAGUUAAUUCAGCACUGGCACAGAUGCAGAAUCUGUUGCGAUUAGCCGCAUACUCUUCAGCAUGCAUGUUGCUUGCCCAACAUAUUGCACAAUUUUUGUUCAAAACAUAGCAGUCAGACUGGUUGUUGCCGGUUAGGAAAACCAUAGCAGAAUAAAAUGAUUCCUUGUAAGAUAAACUUCUGUGCAAGGCGAGCAGUAACUGAUGAGUCAGUAAAUGUUUAAUGAUGAAUUUAGUUUGGAACGGUGAUCAACAGCUUUUUAUUUGUCUGCUUCAUACUGUGUGUCAAAAUGGGCGCAGUGUAAAGACUCAGGUCUGUCAUUCUGCUUCACACCAGCACCUACAAAGCACUGCUCCUGAUUGGACUUUAUCACUGUCAUGAUGUGUACAGUGUUGCAAUAUUCCAUGUUCAGGGUCAAUUUGUCAAAGGUAACAACUCCCCAAAUGCAGUAUAAUAGCGCUAAGGAUAUGAUUCUGCUUGGCAAAGUGGGGGAGUAACUGUUAAAAAUUGGAGGAGAAUUUAUUCCUGAUCUUUAUCUUCAGCACUGAUUGAACUCUGACAAGGAUACUUUUGGAAAAUGACACGACGCUUGGUUCUGCACUCCGAUAUGUAUGAUUUUUAGGUCCCAUGCAGCUCCCGUUUUUCUUUUCCAGCGAGCAGCAACCUGUGCUGGCUGGGUUUGUGUGAGCUAGACUCCUUAGCGUUGUGGGAAAACAAUACAAGAGGGCAACUGUAGCAAAUAUGUCAGUAGAGUGAAAGAAAAAUUAGUUCUCAGCUGCCUCCGGCUUAAACUGAAAGACUUCAUUUUACAUUCAUUUAACUGGUUUAACCAAACAUGCUACUAUUUAGCUUUCCAGCAUUAAUAAAAGGCUUGCAGUCCUUGUGUUGCGUAGUUGAGCAGGUGCUUAAACAUGAAGCCGUACUGACAUGACAACGACCUUUUCAGAGGAGAACUUACACUGUGAGCAUGACUGCACACCCGUUGGUAGAAGUAAUAAAAGACAUCUUUUGACAACACACCUCAAGCUGCCUUGCUGCAUUUCUAGAGAGCAAAUGUCUUGAUUAUUGAGCUGCACCAUAAAAUAUAACCUCUGUAUGUGGAAACAGAUGUGAUACUGCCUUAUUAGAGUAGAUGUAGUCAUGUGAUUUUGUUAUUAUUGUUAUUUUUGAAAGGUAAAAUGGUUGUGUUGUUCCAAGCAUGGUUGAUGUAGAGGAAUGGUUUUGUAUCAAUAGAAAAUAGCGUUUGAGCUCCUUCCGAGAAAGUGUGCUCGCUUUAUGAGAAAAGGAUGUGGUUUGUAAACAUUUGAAAGCCUCAAGAUUGAAACUGUCACAUGUCCUGUACGGUUUUACUUACAUUGGUUUUCUAACUGAGAGGUGGUUGUGUUGAAUUUGAAAUACUGUGUGUGUAGUUAGUUGUGGCACUGAUGGAGUUUGUCGAGUUAUUACUCAUACUGUUUUUCUUCCAUGAAUCUGGUUGCAAUUAGUUUUUGAAAUUAACUGAAAGCAUGAGGAGAAUGAGUAAAAGAAAAUUCUCAUUUUUUGUUUUCUGUGGCUGUUUUGAUUCUUCUUACUUGGGGGACAAAUAGGAACUCCAACGAGUGAUUGCUUUUCAUCCUUUCUGCUAAGGUGCGUCUUUGCUUACUUGUAUACAUAUGUAGAAGAUUAAUACAACAGGGGACGGGUGUGAGCAAUGAGGGAAGGACUGAGGUUCUUUUGUGCAUCAGUGAACUGGAGGUCCAUAGUUUUCUCAUUGCCAAACAACUGCUAUGCCUCCCUGGUUUUCACAUGUUUACUGAGAGUAAGGGCUAAAUCAGUCAUGAAUUGUUGACAGACGUCCAUCCAUUUCAUCCGGUGAUUCAUCUGUCGCUGUUCGUUUUGAAGCCACAGUUGCCGAGAUCCACCCUCCGAACAUGGUCAGAAAUGUGUCACGUUAACAUGUUUGGAUGUGGAUGUCUCUUAAUGUUGUGGUGGAGCUCGUAUUUAUCUAACAGCUGAUUGUAUAUGACCAUGUAUGUGUUGUUUUCGAGGCUUUAACUUUGCCUUCUUGUUUUGUCACCCUCAACAGAGGUGCGUGAUGCGACAUACUCUUCUUCCCCACAUAUAUCGAAAAUGAUUUUUACUAACUAGCUGGACGUGUGGCUGUGGCAGGAGUUCUCGCUUUGCUCCUUGUGGAUCUUGACUCCACCCUCCGCCAGGCUGUGUCUUGGUAACAGAAACUGUAGCCGACUGUGUAGCUGUUUGUUUUUCUCAGCUGCAGCGCCCUGCAUGCGGACGCUCGGUAACAAAAGAACACAUCCACCCAUGCAGAACCGUCGACAGAAUAAUCUACCAAAGUUUUCACCAUCUCCAUGGAUCAUCACUGUUUUUACCGCUCUGUUUUUUUGUGUGUGUCUGUCGUCGUCAUGACAAUGGUCCGUUUGGUUUCACACUCUCAGGGUUAUCUUUAACAAGCAGUGCUAGGAUUUGAAAUCGACACAUUUCUGACCCACAAGUCUCAUAAAGCCAAAGCUUCUCGAUUAUCGUCUCCCCGUUGUCGUGUGUUAUUUCUGCAUCACGCGUCUCUGUGAACUUUACUCAACUAGGCUAUGCAAAAAAACAUAAACCUACUGUUUAUAUGCUGCGACCCCUUUCUCACUUUCUCUGCCAUUUUGUUUGUGGGCACCAGUACAAGCAAUAUAACUCUCACUGUACUGUAAUCUACUUUGGUCGGUCUGUGUAUAUGUAUUUGUUUAAAGAAAAAAGCUUGUAAAAAAAAAUAUACUUUUAUUGCUACUACAAUGAUGUGAGUAUGUCUGCUUCAGUGUCCUUCGAGGGGCUUGAGUUAAAAAGCCAUUCUAGUUUAUAUAUAUAUAUAUAGUUUUCCCUUCUUUUUGGCUUCCCCCUGUCUGUCUGCUCCCUCAACCACUAACACAUCCUACUUCUGACUUUUUGGAUAAACCACAUUGUUAAAAAAGUUGAAUAUAUUGUUUCUGUCGGGUGAACUCGUAUUUGGUAUCUUUUCGUCACUUUUCCAUCCCUCGUUUUUGUCGCUGUGUUUGGUUUUUCACUUUAAACGGCUUCUUAUUUCACCUUCGCAGAUUUUCAGAAUGAAUAUUUAACUGUUGCCUUUAAUCCUCAGUUAAUGCAGCACCAUCAGUUUUUCAUAUUAUACACAUGAAAGACCUCAACAUGGAACACAGACAGUUCGCAUUAGACCAGCACACAGCUCUCGACACUUAUCCGAACGAAAUACGAUCCCCAUCAUCAUCAUCAUCAGUGUGAUUGUUUCUAUCAAACCUGUGAAUUGUACUUCUUGUUUUGUUUUUUUCUCAACCAUAGAUAAUACCAAACAGAUGGAGGUGCCAUGGUUGAGUUAUGUGGAUAUUUUUUUUUCUUUUUUGCCAAAAUGAGAAACAUCCUAGUUUGAGAGGGAAGCAGGCAUCUAAAAAAGACACAGAUGUGACUCUUUCUACAUUGUAUUCCUAGAAACUUUAAACAAGCCAAAAUGAGUAAAGAGGAAACAAAAAAAGAGAAAAAAAUUCAAGCAUUGUCUGACUGAUGGAAAAAAAAUGCUCUGGUUUUAGUAUGAAGUCUGCUGUGUACUCUUUGGGUCAUCAUUUGUAUUUUAUUUUUUAAUAAAACAAACACUGGCGCUCUGCUAA